AUGCACCUUCCAAUUGACAGUAUUGUGAAAAUAUACUAUGUGAUCCUUGCUAUCAUUGGUAUUCCUGUUAACUUAAUUACAAUACUGAUCCUAUCUCGGGGAAAGUGUGGGCUUUCAGUAUGUACCACUCGCUAUCUGGUGGCCAUGGCAGCAGCGGAUUUAAUGGUCAUUAUCACUGAAGUCAUACUACGCUAUAUCAAUGGCUAUUAUUUCCCAAUAAUGCUUUUCUUGAACAUCACCCCCGUCUGCAGUAUUCGUGCUGUCUUGGGUCAUACAGCCACAGACUGCUCUGUUUGGUUCACCGUCGAUUUCACUUUUGAUCGGUUUGUGGCUAUUUGUUGUCAGAAGCUGAAAACAAAAUAUUGCACUGAGAAAGCUGUGUCUGCAGUUCUAGCAACAACUGGUGCAUUGCUCUGUUUAAAAAAUAUUCCCUUCUACUUUACACUUGAACCUACAGAAGUGAUCAACAAUGUGCCAUGGUUUUGCCAUACAAAACAAAGCUAUUUCACUGAGCCUGGAUGGGUAGGAUUUGAUUGGUUUGAUACACUUUUAACUCCAUUGCCUCCAUUUGCUUUCAUUUUAUUGUUCAACGCUCUGACCGUCAGACACAUUUUAAUAACCAGUCAAGUUCGUAAGGGACUGACAGGUCAGAACAGGAGAGAAAAUGACAGUGACCCAGAGAUGGAGAACAGGAGGAAGUCCAUAAUUUUACUCUUCUGCGUAUCCAGCAGCUUCAUACUCCUGUGGUUGACAUACGUUAUAUAUUUAUUAUUUGUCAUUACAGGAGCAACUCUCAAUUAUUACAGAUAUUCCUCAUACAUCUUUCAGCAGGUCGGAUCCAUGCUCCAGAGUUUAAGUUGCUGCACGAAUACAUUUAUUUAUGGCGUGACUCAGUCAAUGUUCAGAGAGCAGUUCAAGAGUGCGGUGAAAUAUCCGGUUACAAUCAUUAUUAAAUUAUUUAAUAAACAAAUAAACUAA